AUGUGGGGACGGGAGUUCAUCGAUGACAGUUUGUACAAUCUUCAAUACGGCUACUUCUCCCAACAUGCCACCAUCUUCAGCCCCGGGGAGCCCUUCAUCUUCAACGACAUCGCCGAUGGGCCCGCGUUCCACACCAUGUUACGGAAUCGCUACACGGAGUUCGAGGACCGGUUAGACGAAGCCGAGCCCGACGUCGCCCGCCAGCUGUGGCAUACCCCGACGGAGCUCUUCCAGCCGUACUACGGCGAGACGAUCGCGCGGUACCUGGUGUCGAACUAUAAGCUGACGCUGUACCCGUACCACGAUCUGAUCAUCUACGAGAUGGGCGCCGGCAACGGAACGAUGAUGCGGAACGUGCUGGACUACAUCCGCGAGGUGGACUACGAGGUCUACCAGCGGACCAAGUACAAGAUCAUCGAGAUCUCGCCGGCGCUGGCGAGUCUGCAGCUGAAGAACCUGGUCGCGUCGGCCGAGUCGGCCGGCCACCGGGACCGCCUCGAGAUCAUCAACCGGUCGAUCUUCGACUGGAACACGUACGUGCACUCGCCGUGCUUCUUCCUGGCGCUGGAGGUGUUCGACAACUUCUCGCACGACAUCAUCCGCUACGACCUCAAGACGGAGCAGCCGCAGCAGGGCGGGGUCCUGAUCGACGCGGACGGCGAGUUCCACGAGUGGUACCGCGACUACCUGGACCCGGUGGCCGCGCGGUUCCUGCGCGUGCGCCAGGCGGCCGCCCGGCGCCCGUUCCCGUCGCCCCUGGGGCCGAAGUACAUGCGCAUCCUGCGGCCGUACCUGCCGGCCGCGGGCCAGUUCUCGCCGCCGGAGUACAUCCCCACCCGGCUCAUGCAGUUCUUCGACAUCCUCAACAACUACUUCCCGGGCCACCGGCUGGUGGCGAGCGACUUCAGCUCGCUGCCGGACGCGGUGCGCGGGCUGAAUGGGCCUGUGGUGCAGACUCGGUUCGAGCGGCGCACCAUCCCUGUGACGACCCCCUAUGUCCAACAAGGAUACUUCGAUAUCUUCUUCCCGACCGACUUCAACGUGAUUGAGGACAUGUACCGGGCGAUCACCGGCAAGUUGACGCAGGUGGUGAGCCACGAAGACUUCAUGCAGCGCUGGGCGUACAUUGCAGACACGGAGACGCGGAACGGGGAGAACCCGAUGCUGACGUGGUACAAGAACGCCAGCAUGCUGAUGACUAAAACCGCCAAGAUGACAAUGACCCAAACCCUCCCGCCAACCCCGACCUGGAAACCCACCGUCUACGCCAAACGCCAGGCCCAACUCGCCGCCAUCCCCGAAGCCUGGCGUCUCCCCAACCCACCCCCGACCCCCACCCCCAGCAGCACCGACGACAGUCCCCCAAAACAAGAACAAGACACCCUCACCACCAUCCGCACCAGCGACAUCCUCACGGCCCAAGAGCUCGCAUGGACCGAAACGCCCGACACCACCACGCUCCUCGCGGCCCUCGCCGCGGGGCAGAUCACCUCCGUGCAACUGACGACCGCCUUCUGCAAGCGCGCCGCCCUCGCGCAGCAGCUGACCAAAUGCCUGACGGAGAUCUUCUUCGAUCGGGCGCUGGCGCGCGCCAAGUGGCUGGACGAGGAGCUCGCGCGGACCGGGCAGCCGCGGGGCCCGCUGCAUGGGCUGCCGGUUUCGAUUAAGGAUCGGUUUGAUCUCGAGGGGGUGGAUACUACUGUUGGCUGGGUCGGACUCAUCGACAAACCCGCCCGCAGGUCCAGCUCGAUUGCGCGGCUGCUCGAGUCGAUGGGCGCGGUGCUGUACGUCAAGACGAAUGUGCCGCAGUCGCUGAUGAUGUCCGACUCCUACAACCACGUCUUCGGGCAGUCGAUCAACGCGUUCAACCGCCAGCUCAUCUCCGGCGGCAGUUCCGGCGGCGAGGGGGCGUUGAUCGGCGCCCGGGGCAGUGUGCUCGGCAUCGGGACGGAUAUCGGGGGCUCGAUUCGCAUCCCCGCGGCCCUCGCCUCGAUCGAGCACUUCAUGGCCUCCCUGCUGGCCUCGGAGCCCUGGACCCUCGACCCGGGUUGCAUUCCGAUCCCCUGGCGCACGGAGCUGGCCCUCAAGCCUGCCACCAAGAAGCUGCGGGUGGCCAUCAUCCACGACGACGGGGUCGUCAAGCCGCAGCCGCCGAUUGCGCGGGCGAUGCGCGAGGUGGAGCGCAAGUUGGUGGAGGCCGGGCAUGAGGUAAUCCCCUGGCCCGCGACCGCGCUACACAAAGAAGGCACCGCGCUGUGGACGAAAGCCAUCCUCGCCGACGGCGGCCAGCACUGUCGGUACCUGUGCGACAUCGUCGGGGAGCCGCUGAUCGAGGGGAUGGUCGUGGGGACGUCGGAGGAUGAGUUGUCGGUGGAGGAGCGGGAGAAGCUCGAAGAAACGAAAUACACCUACCAAGAAACCUACCUCGCGCACUGGACGACCAGCGGCAUCGACGCCCUCCUGAUGCCCGUGACGCCGUGGGUCGGCUACCGCCCGAAGUCCUGGGUCGUCAGCGCCCAGUGGCUCGGGUACACGGCGCUGUGGAAUCUGCUCGAUUACGCGGCGGUCACGGUGCCGGUGACCUGCGCGGAUGCCGGGGUCGAUUGUCCAGAGGGUAACAGCGACAGCGAGAUCAUCCGGGAGUGGAGGGCGCAUGUGCCCCGCAAUGCGUCGGAUCGGUUCAAUUAUUUGCAGUACGAUAUUGAUCUAGUCAAGGAUAUGCCGGUGACGGUGCAGGUGGUUGGGGGCAAGUUCGGGGAGGAGAAGGCGGUUGCUGUUGCGAAGGUUUUGGAUGAGGUUCUGAGGUAG